UGACUGGCUUCAAAACUUGUGCUGCUCGCGCACAUGCCACGUGUAUUUCACUAAAAUGGCUCGCGCUGUGUUUGACAUUCGAGUGAAGUCUCCCUGUAAUGUUCACAGCACCUGACGAAGUGUCGAUCGGGCAUGUUAUUAAGUGAACGGGGCUCUAACAGCCAUGGGCAUCAUAUUUGCACGACGGAGAAGAACGACACUGUUCAGAUUAUGCAUUCUCCUUUGCGGUGCCGGUUUUGUGCUGCUUCUGUUUCGGCAGCGAUCAGUCACGAACCACUACGAGUUGUACGACGGACCAGCGAAACCGAUCAUCGGAAGUGACAGUGGUGUUAGUGUAGCGAAACCUCGGGAGAGAGGAACGUGUAUAUUAAACGUGGAUGACCCUGACGAAGAACAGUUUUUCAAACGGCAGAAUGCAUCGUGGGGUGCAGGAGGUGAUGCCGUUCAACUGAGCGGGACUGAAAAGGAGAUCGCAGACAGGCAGUUCAAGAAGGCUGGGUUCAGUGUUUACAUAUCCGAUCGCAUGCCAUUGAAUAGGACGAUCGGAGAUCGUAGGCAUCGCACCUGCCACUCGUUGGUCUACCCGGACGACCUGCCGACAGCAUCUGUGGUUAUCAUCUUCACGGAUGAAAUUUUCUCUGCAUUGAUUCGAACUAUAUACACGGUGCUGCUACGAUCGCCGCCUCAUCUAUUGAAAGAAAUCAUCCUUGUGGAUGAUGCUAGUACUAUUGAUGAACUCGCUGGCAAACGUCUGGACAGAUUUAUCGAACGGCACUUUUGCAAAGGACUGGUGAAGCUAAUACAUCUGAAUGAGCGACAGGGGCUCAUCCGAGCGCGACUCGCCGGUGCUCGGAUAGCGACGGGCGACGUGUUGGUAUUUCUGGACUCGCACUGUGAAGCAACGGACCGUUGGUUGGAAGCACUUUUGCAACCAAUCAAGGACAAUCGCACCACAGUCGUGUGCCCCAUCAUCGACGUGAUCGAUGACAAGAGCAUGCAGUACAUGGGAACGUCUGCAGACUUUUUCCAACUGGGCGGCUUUAACUGGCGAGGAGAAUUUAUCUGGAUCAACAUCCCCACAGAGUGGAAGAGAGCUCGAAAAAGCAAAGCUGAUCCCGUGCGCACCCCUACUAUGGCUGGUGGUCUGUUCGCCAUCGACCGCAGCUACUUCUGGGAGUCUGGCUCUUACGAUGCGGAGAUGGAUGGCUGGGGAGGAGAGAACCUGGAAAUGUCCUUCAGGAUAUGGAUGUGCGGUGGCCAGAUCGUGAUAGCUCCCUGCUCCCACGUGGGCCACAUCUUCCGAGACUUCCACCCUUACAAGUUUCCGAACAACAAGGACACCCACGCCAUCAACACUGCUCGGUUGGCCGAGGUCUGGAUGGAUCGCUACAAGGUGUACUUCUACCAAAACAGGCCCGAGCUAAAGAGAUUAAACCAUGGCGACAUCAGCAAGCGUAAGGCUCUACGUGAGGGUCUUCGCUGCAAAGACUUCAAGUGGUAUUUGACCCACGUUUACCCAAACAAGUUUGUUCCAGACGAGGAUGUUCUGGCUCAUGGAUAUGUGAGGAAUCCAUGGUCUAAUAUAUGUCUCGACAGCAUGGGAAGGAGCUAUGACAAUACAGAACCACUCGGCUUAUAUCCCUGCCAGACCAGUGGUGAUGGAUCCUCUAAUCAAGUGUUCUCCUACACCUCCAAACGACAGAUUAGGAAGGAAGACAGCUGUGCUCAGUUAGAAGCAGACAAGACCAAGUCAGGCGGCCAGACAGUAUACAAGGUCAUGAUGGCUUCAUGCUCAGAGGAACCUGACAUGGACCAGGAGUGGGAGCACACCAGAGGUGGCGAGCUCCGAAGCUCGCGUCACGGCCUGUGCCUCGAAGCAAAGCAGACUGAGCAGGAUGGCAUGGUGGCCAGACCCUGCAGGAAGAGCCACGCGCAGGUCUGGUGGUUCUCCCACUACAAGGAGCCCCAAGUGGAAGUGGUGCGACUAUGACGGCCGUUGGAGAUAGUCGAAGGUACAACCUUCAGUUCCGUCCAGCUCAAGUGAUCCCUGCUGUCAAUGUGUUCUUGCCGGACUGUGAUUUGAAGGAACUUUGCUUCAUCCUGAGCAUGAAUGUUUAAUAGUUGACAGAACGCAGUGCAAUUUAAAACUGCAAAAGGAUUAAGAAGUUUGUGGUUAGGUGUAGUGCCGUAAAACUCCGUUCUGCAACUACGGGGGAAAAAAAGUGCCUUAUUUUUUUAAAUAGAAAAACAUGAUCUCAUAUUGUCUUUCUUGCACGACCUUAAUUCACAUUUGCCAUCGCUUUUACGUUUUCUUUUUCAAUGUAUGAGGAGUUUUUCUACGCACAAUGACAUUCCAGGUCAGUGAAUGAUCGGUACCCAAGACACUUUCUGCUCUUGAAAUCUGUCAGGAGCUUUUGUACAUAGUAGGGUUGGAGAGAAAUAUUUGUCAACAUAUGCAAUAAAGUAUAUUGAAUAAAUGU